UUCAACAUAUUUUCUAGGAUGAGAAGAUGGAUUACUCUAAAGCUGAUGGCCGGCACAUCAGAGGAGGAGGGGACAGUAAGACUGAGGAAUGGACCUGGGCUCAGUAUCUGGAGGAAACCAAAUCUGUUGCUGCUCCCAACAAACUCUUCCAUCAGGCACAAAGAGUCCCCACGGUGAAGAACGGCUUCAAGCAGGGGAUGAAGCUGGAAGGCAUCGACCCGCAGCAUCCGUCCAUGUACUUCGUCCUCACUGUGGCUGAGGUGUGCGGUUACCGGCUGCGGCUCCACUUUGACGGCUACUCUGACUGUCACGACUUCUGGGUGAAUGCCAACUCUCCCGAUAUCCACCCCGCAGGCUGGUGUGAGAGCACAGGACACAAGCUGCACACCCCCAAAGGCUGUAAGGAGGAGGAGUUCACAUGGACCAACUAUCUGAGGAUGACUAAAGCUCAAGUUGCUCCCAAAGAACUUUUCGCCAGUCCUGGGAGGAUGGAUGUGAAGUGUGGCUUCGAGACAGGAAUGAAGCUGGAGGCCGUCGACCGGAUGAAUCCUUCGCUCAUCUGCGUCGCAACCGUCACAGACUUGGUGGACGACCGCUUCCUGGUUCAUUUCGACAACUGGGAUGAUACAUAUGACUACUGGUGUGACGCCAGCAGCCCGUAUAUUCAUCCUGUUGGUUGGUGCCAGGAGAGGAACCUUCCGCUAACACCACCCCAAGAUUAUCCUGACCCCGGGCAGUUUUCCUGGUCUCGGUACCUGGAGGAGACCGGUUCUAAGGCUGUGGCGGCGGAUGCCUUUAAAGUGAGGCCUCCUCACAGCUUCCAGCCUCAGAUGAAACUGGAGGCCGUGGACAAGAGAAGUCCUGGUCUGAUCAGAGUGGCCACAGUGGAAGAAGUAGAGACCAACCGCAUUAAGGUGCAUUAUGAUGGUUGGAGUCACGUCUACGAUGAGUGGAUGGACUCCGAUCACCCAGACAUCCACCCAGCAGGCUGGUGCGAAGCGACAGGUCACCCCCUGAAAGUUCCUCCUCGGGAUGCUAAAAGUCACCAACCGCAUGGUGUGAGAGAGCCUCCUGCUCUGGGCCAGAACACCUACCCUGCCACGGUUCCCUGCAAACCCAUCAGCCACCCCAGAACCAACAAGUACAGUUUUCACAACAGGAAGUGUCCAACUCCAGGUUGUGAUGGUUCAGGUCAUGUGACCGGUCGCUUCACGGCACAUCACUGCAUAUCUGGCUGUCCGCUGGCGGAGCGCAAUCAGGGCCGGCUGAAGGCCGACCUGUCCGACUCCGAGUGCAAGAGAAAUCUCUUCUUCGGCCAGAGGACUAAGAAAACCCAUUACCGUGGCAGGAUUGGCCGUCCGCCCAAAUACAGAAAGAACCAGCAGAGGGACUACCAGAACAUGUCCUCAGAGGGAGUGUAUCCAUCCCUGUUCAUGUCGGCUCUGAGCGGUCAGUCAGACCGGACUCUGUCUCUCUGCUGGGAGCAGCACUGUAAGCUGCUGCCCGGAGUUCAGGGCAUCCACGCCAGCCAGGUGGCAACAUGGAGCGUUGAUGAGGUCUUCAGGUUCGUCCAGAAUUUGACUGGCUGUGAAGAACAGGCUCGUCUCUUUAAAGAGGAGAUGAUUGAUGGGGAAGCUUUGCUGCUGCUCACCCAGACCGACAUUGUGAAAAUCAUGAGCAUCAAGCUGGGGCCCGCCCUCAAGAUCUCAAACGCCAUCCUCAUGUUCAAAACCACAGACGAGGGACUCAAGUGAUAUCACCUCCGCUCACUAGAGUGAGGUGUCAGUCAUUGUGUGCCAAAUCCAUUCUGUAGCAGGGUAACGAAGAAACCCUGAAGACGUUUAUUUUCCAUGUGUUUGGUGUCUUGUGCCCAUCAGAGAGAGGGAUGGGAAAGGGGAAGGCGGGACUGGAUCGGGGGAGAAAUAAAGCUGUGGAGAAGAGGACGCUGGGCUAGAAACCGGUGAUCGUUUUUACAACUAAUCGAGGAAUCUUGUUUGAAAAUUGGUGAAAGAAAGGUAGUUUUGCUAAAUUUCUUUGAUUGGCCAAACAUUAAGAAAUCUGCAUCAUGUCGGGGUUGCCUGUGGUGUGUUGGACUAAAAUUUGAAGUAUACAUCUUAAGCUAAACGUUGGUUUUAAGCACGAGUUGAAAAAGCUGAAGCGUUAUGGUGACAGUAUCGUCAAACUAGCUCUAUAAUAACUUCCUGACAGGAAAUUGCUGCUUACAAGCUGAGUGGUCCAAUACAAUAUCCCUGGGUUUAGUAGAAAGUAUAGUUGAAAGGUUAAAGUAAAUAGUUAGAUUAUUCAUAUAAACUGAAAGAAAGAAAACUGAAAAAGAUAAGAGAUGAGAGGAGUGGACAGUCUAAAACGGGAAGAAGUAAAACGGAAGUGUUGAUUGCAGUAAACGAGGCCGGAUAGUGAGGCCUCUGUGAGCCUUACAUUUUGUGCAAUAAUAAAUUCGAAAGGGUGCUAUCUGCUCAGAAACAGCUCCCUAACUGUUGCUCUCCAACUAUGAAAUUAAAAAUAAGCUACUUUCCUCAGUCUGUUGGAGGCUUCACGCACAGUAAAAACAAAGUAUCCUUAUAAUCAAGAGUGUCAGUUGUUUG